AUGGAUACAAACACAGAUAUCAGUGGCAGUGUAGGUGCAGUUGGCAUUGUCAUAACCCACUCAGAGCCAAACGACAUAUAUACAGUGUUGAACAACAAUAGCAAUAGCAAUAAUAAUAAUACAUCACAUGAAAAUGAAGCCUCUCUGCGUUUACGACCUGCUGCCGACAAUCACAACAACAACAACAACAACACCGCCUUAUCGAAUGUCACCCCACCACCAUCACCCGAUGUCUCACAAAAUAACCUUCCUGUUUCAGAGAGUCUGGCAUCGAUUGAGUUAGAAAAGAGUUCUCUUGACUCUAGAACUCCAGAUGAAUCAGAUGACGACGACUCUGAUGAUGACAGCGACAAUGACAACGUUCCAGAUGGGGCAAACAUGCCAGGUGAUGAGGAGGAUGGCACCGCAAUGAAACAGAUCUCAGCUGGUGACAUGACCACUGUCAUGGGUCCCAAGGGCAAGAAGAUCAGGAGGAGAUUGACAAUCAGUCUAUGGCAACAUUCCAAGGAGAGCUCCAUCGAGUACGUAAAGGUGUCAUUCAUUGUGUUGAUCAGCACAUUCAUUGGAGCGUUUGUCCUGUGGAUGUUCUCCCUGCCCCACUACGUCAUCAGGAACAACGGCACCACCAAUUACUUCAACCAGCAGGCCAUCGCCAUCCUCAACUCUACAUUCUUCAUAAGCGGUCUCGCCCUGUUCACUGCAAUUCAGUUCAUCUCUGUCUACGGCAUCAAGAGAGCUAUCGAGACCAAGUUCUACUUUUGGGUGGUACUGUGCAUUGCCGCUGACCUCAUCGUACCAUGGGGUAUGUUAACUGGUGAGGUCCGCUACUGGUACUGGUUGGGUGAUGUUCUAUUGCUCAUUGCCACAUACUGUGGUCUCAGCUUUGUUAUGGGCUACGUUGGCCGAAGUUUCAAGACCUUCCGUCAGAAACUUAACAAUGGACUUGCCUUCCUCGGUACCGAGGUGUUGGUGUCUGCCACUGCACUUCUCUACGGAAUGUUCUUCAUCCAAGUUUACACCAAUUUCUCAGAUAUGAUGAAGGUCACUUGGCGUCUGCUCGUCCAUCCAGUCUACUUUGAGAUAUUCAUGAUGAUUCCAGUCAGACUGUUGGUCACCAAACAGAUGGAGAAGAAGGGUCAAUCAGUGAUGCACAGUUUGGCCGUCGUCCAUGCUCAGGCGCACAUCUCCACACUUGGACGUUUGAUGAUUUCCACGAUCGGAGACAUCAACUUCACCAUUGGAUCUGUGUUCCUCCUAAACUUUGGAAAGCUAGUGGUGCGUUCCUCAGUUCAGGUCCGAGACAAGUAUGCCUCCAAGCUUCUUGAGAAGCUUUUGGGCUCAGAGCAUGUCGAGUCCAAGAAGUUUGUUCGUGCUGCCGGACUGUUCACCGAGAUGAUCAUGGAGAAUGCUUCAAUUCCAACGUCUGCUUUCAUGAUGUGGUUGUUUGUAAACUCCAGAGCGUUGUUCUUCUUGCCCUAUCCAUCUGGCGAAUCAUUCACUAUGGAGGCCGCACUCAUCAAUGUUGCCAUCCAGAUUCUUAUCGCCAUCCCUUUCGAUAUCGUCACACUGGUGAUCAACGAGCGUUACUUUGGUUUGCCCUUGGAGCGUGCCUGGAGGAAGAUGCAAGGCAAGUGGUUGCCAUUCUUUGGCUUCCUCAUCUAUGGUUUGGUUACCAUGGGUCUUGUUGGUGUCCUAUACAUGGCAGCCAGAGUGCCACGAUUCAUUACCUGCGGAAGUCAAGAUGUAUGCUCAUGCAUGUUCAUAUCCAACUGCGACAAAUGGGUUGCUGAGAACCUAUCUUAA